AUUGUGUCCACGUCACAGCUGACAGCCAGCCGGCCCCAUAAUGGCUGCCGCAGCCGAGUUGGCAGUCUAAUGAGGCGAACGAGUGACAGCUGCUUAUUUUAAUUAUCAAGUUAAACUAUUGAGGGGCUAAUUCCCUCCAUAUAUUUUUGUAUUGACACUUUAGCUUAAUGCCCUAGGUCGUUGGCUAACCGAAGCUAGGCUAAGCUAGCCCCCCUACCACCCCGGUCGCCCUCACCGAUCUUCUGUUUUGGUUCGGUCGUGUUAUUGUUGUUGAGCCACCCCAAAAGAUGUCAUCGUGGCUCGGCGGCAUCGGCUCCGGCCUCGGCCAGUCACUUGGUCAGGUCGGCGGUAGCCUGUCGUCCUUCACCGGGCAGAUCUCCAACUUUACCAAAGAUAUGUUGCUGGAGGGAGUGGAAGAAGUCGGAGACGCCGCGACAGAGCUUCAGUUGUCCAAUUCCAAGCUGGCGGAUGUAGAGACUGCCUUUUCCUCUCAGAAAUUUGAGUGUGAAAGGUUGAAAAAGCUCCACGCUGAGCUGGAGGAGAAGCUGGAAGCCUCAGAGAUCCAAAUCAAGCAGCAGUCGGCCGAGUACAGGACGCUUCUGCAGCAGAAAGACGUGGAGAUCAGUCACCUGAAGGUCCGACAAAGCGGCCUCCAGGAGGAGGUCCAGAAGCUUCAGCGCUCUGUCCAGUCCGCCUCUGCCGGCCCCGUGCUCCCCGUCACCACGGCCUCUUCCAGCAUCGCCACCUCUGCGUCCUCUUAUCUGUCCCAUCCCUCUGCGUCCCACCACCACGGCUUUCACGGCGAUGACAUGGACCUCAGCGAAGUCAUCUCGUCCCAGCAGGAGAUUAACCGUCUGGCCACCGAAGUGCUGAGACUGGAGGCGGAGGUGGCGCACUGGAGGCGCAUGUCGCAGGCAUCAACAGCAGCGGUGGCGGGUAACUCCGACCAGGGUGAGAUUCUCAAACUUCAAAGAACGGUUGAGGAACUGCGAGAUAAGAUGAGCUGCGAGGUUGAUGAGCACCAGCACGAGCUCGCCGCCCUGCAGGACGCCCAGCGCCAGAAAAUGUCCGAACUCAGCCGGCGUCACCGUGAGGAACUGGCCGAAUAUGAGGAGAGGAUCGAGGAGCUGGAGGAGCAGCUGCAAAAUGGCGCCUCUCCGGCGAGCUCCCUAUCAAACCCCUCCAAAGAGCUGGAACUGCAGACCACCGUCGCUGCCCUGCGCCAGGCCGCUGAGGAGCGGGAGGCGCGCCUUUCUGAGCUAUCCGCCGGCCUGGAUGAGGCGCAGAGGCUGCGGUCCGAGAGGGACGGCGCCCUAGAAGAGAACGCGGCACUGCUCCAGAACUACGCUCGGCUGCAGGCCUCCGUGGAGGAGCUUCAGGCGCGGGUGCGGGAGCAGGAGGGCAAGGCUAUGCAGAAAGCCCAGCUGGAGCAUGAGAUCCAAGUGCUGAGGGACAACCUCGCCGCCGCCGAAAAGGAAAUGGAGAGACUGAAAAGCCUGCUUGAGGCAGAAGCAAAGGAGGAGGUGGAGCAUGCCGAUAUCUUGGAACUGAACACCAUCAUCGGCUCACUAAGAGAAGAGAAGGAAACCCUGGAGCAAGAAAAGCUCACUCUGCAGGAAAGACUGAGCGCGGCCAAGAAGAAUUUCGAUAGAGAAGCUCGACCGGCUGAAACCGAGUCAAUGGACGAUCUGAAGGAGGCACUGGAAAGCCAAGAGAGGACCCUGAAGGCCACGCGGGAGGAACGUGACACCCUAGUGACCGAGCUAGAAGAGCUGGACCGGCAAAACCAGGAAGCCACGCAGCAUCUGAUCUCGGUGAAAGAGCAGCUAAAGAAGGCGGAGACGGAGCACAGCGCCACCAAAGACCAGAAUAGAUCGCUUGAGCAUGAGCUGGAGGCCCAGAAAGAGAAAAUCAGCCAGAGUGCAUUCACGCUCAACGACCUGCACAUGAGCAAGCAGCAGCUAGAGGCCACCGUCCGCGAUCUGAAGGAGAAACUGAAACAAGCUCAGGAGCGGAGCAAAGAGGCCCGCAGGGAAGCGUCGGAGUUGAAGAAGAGCUUGCAGGAAAAAGAGGAGCUGCUGGCAGCAAAAGAAGAGCUCGGCCGGAUUGAAAGGACAAAAACGGAUGAAGGCGAGCUAGCAGUGAAGGAGAAAGAACUUUCCGACCUGCGACGAAACCUGGAGAAAGUCUCGUCGGAGCACUUUGAGCUAAAGAUGGAGAGCGGCAAGUUGAAAGAGGCCGCGAGGAAAGCGGAGGAGUCGUUGAAGGAGAACCGGACGGCGGCGAGCAGGACGUCGCGGGAGAAGGACACGCGCAUUGAAGCCCUUAAACUGGAGAAAGAGCAGCUGGAGCUUGAGCUGCAGCGGGCCGAGCGCUCGCUCGCCGAAGGGACCGAACAAUAUCGGCACACCGUUGACGAGCUGAGCCGGGCGCGCUCCAUGGACGCCUCGGCUCUCCAGAAGGAGCACGAGCGCGCCGUCAAGCUCAACCAGGAGAAGGACUCGGAGAUCGCUCGGCUGCGCCUCGACGCCGAGCGGCUGGCGGCCGAGCGGCGGGAAACCGACGAGAUGCUCGCCAUCACCGUCGCCGGGCAGGAGCAGCUGACCGACUUGCUCCGGGAAAAGGAUGCCUUCGCCGAGACGCUGAAGCGGAAUGCGGCGGACGCUCGGGCCGAACUGGAGGCGGGCGUCGCGGCGGCGAAGGGGGAGGCGGACGUGCUCAGACGAGCGCUGGAGGAGAAGGACAGACAGCUGGCGGGCAUGAAGGAGGACAACAGCCACUUGAAGGAGGAGAUGGAGCGCGCGCGGGAUCAGCAGAGCAGACCUCCGCGCACCCUGGACGUCAUCACCGAGCUGGAGGCCGAGAUCAUCCGGCUCAAAUCGUCCCGAGGCGGCCUGGAGGAGGAGGCGCGGGAUCUCCGCAGGAGCCUGGAGGAGCAGCAGGCCUCGCUCCUCGGCUCGCGGAGUGAGCUGGAGCAGGCCACGCUCAACUUCGACAGGCUCCUCCAGGCCAAGGAUCAGGAGCUGGCUGGACUCCGGCGGACCCUGGAGAGCCGAGGUCCCGCAGAGCCCGCGGUGGAGCGGGGCCACGUCAUACUGCAGGAAGACAAGACGGCGUCCCUGAACCAGGAGAACGGCAACGAGAAGCACGACCUCUCCAAGGUGGACCUGGAGCGGCUGGUGAAGGGCAUGAAGGAGAAGGAGACGGAAAUCAGCCAACUGAACGAGAAGAACCUGUCUCUGAGCAGGCAGCUGGACCAGAUGGCGCUGUCCCGUGACGAAGUGGGGAAGCUCUCCCAGGUGAUCCUGCAGAAGGACCUGGAGAUCCGGGCCCUUCAUGCGCGGGUCACGGCGGGAGGCGGCGGCGGCGGUCAGGACGUCCUCUUUCUUCAGCAGCAGCUGCAGGCCUACGGCGUGGAAAGGGAGCAGGUCCUGGCCGUGCUCAACGACAAGACCCGGGAGAACAGCCAGCUUCGCUCCGACUACCACCGCCUCAUGGACAUCGUGGCCAGCAAGGAGGCGGCGCUGCUUAAGCUGCAGCAGGAGAACCAGCGGCUCUCCGGCUCGGGCGAUCCCUCGGGCAGCCAGGAGAUGUUUAAGGAAACCAUCCAGAAUCUCUCGCGCAUCAUCCGGGAGAAGGACAUCGAGAUUGACGCGUUGACGCAGAAGUGCCAGACGCUGGUGACGGUUCUGCAGUCAUCGAGCGGAGACGACGACGGCGGAGUCAGCAGCAACCAGUUCGAGGAGCUGCUCAAGGAGCGCGACAACCUCAAGCAGCAAGUGAAGAAGAUGGAGGAGUGGAAACAGCAGGUGAUCACCACCGUCAAGAACAUGCAACACGAGUCCGGGCAGCUGCAGGAGGAGCUGGUCCACCUCCAGGCGCAGGUGUCGGCCGACGGCGACGCCGGUUCCAAACUCUCGGUGGACUACGCCAGGCUCGUCCAGAACUACGAGCACAAGGAACAGCGGCUGGGAAGUUUGAGCGUGGAGCUGGCACAGGUACAACAGAGCCUCAGCCAGCUCAGCACCACCAAGGAUCUCCUGCUGGGCCGUCUGGACCGAUCGGCUCCCGGCGGCGAAGCUCCGUUGAGUGCGCUCGACGCUUCCAGCCCGGAUCUGGCGUCCCUUCAAGCCCGUUUAGCCGAGCGGGAAAACCUGAUCCGGACCCUGCAGGAGAACAACCACCGGCUUUCCCGCUCGGCUUCCUCCUGCGAAAGCGAGCAGAGGAACCACGCCGCCGAGCUCCAGCAGGUCCGAGCCAGCCUGGAGGCGCUGCAGAGAUCCGUCCGUGACAAGGACCUGCUCAUCAAGACCAAAGGGGACCAGCUGGCUCGGGUGGGCGAGACGCUGCGCAACCGCGAGAGCGACAACGAGGUGCUGAAACAGGCCGUCACCAACCUGAAGGAGCGCGCCCUCAUCCUGGAGAUGGACGCCAAGGCGCUGAAGGAGGAGAACGAGCGGGUGGCCGCGCGCUCGCGGGAGAAGGAGUCGGAGUUCCGCGCGCUGCAGGAGACCAACAUGCAGGUGUCCAUGCUGCUGCGCGAGCGCGAGUUUGAGCUCAGCGCCAUGAGGGACAAAGCUACCACCGUGGAAAAGAUGCUCAAGGACAAAGAGCAGGGUAAAUCGGGCGAGCUCAAUCAACUCCUGAACGAAGUCAAGUCCAUGCAGGACAAAGCGGUGGCCUUCCAGCAUGAGCGGGACCAGGUUGUGAUGGCGCUCAAGCAGAAGCAAAUGGAGACCACGGCGUUACAGACCGAGCUGCAACAUGUGCGGGACAAAGAGCAGCGUCUCAACCUGGAACUCGAGAGGCUGCGCAACCACCUGCUGGAGAUUGAGGACUCGUACACGCGCGAGGCCCUCGCCGCCGAGGACCGCGAGACCGAGCUGCGGCGCCGCGUGGCCCUCCUGGAGGAGCGACUGGCCUCGUCCUCCAGCGCCGUGGAGAGCGCCAGCCAGCAGGCCAGUUUGCAGGUGGAGUCGCUGCAGGAGCAGCUGAGCGGCGUUGUUAAGCAGCGGGAUGACGCUCUCCUGCAGCUCGGGACCUCCCAGGAGCAGGUCAAGCAGUAUGCCGUUUCCCUCACCAACCUGCAGAUGGUGCUAGAGCAGUUCCAACAAGAGGAGAAAGCCAUGUACUCGGCUGAGCUGGACAAACUCAGGAAGGACAAAGAGGAGUGGCGGCGCAAGGCGGAGCAGCUGGAAGAUCGAGCGUCUGCCCUGCAGAUGAACCUGGACGAGGCCAACGCAGCUCUGGAUUCGGCCUCUCGUCUCACCGACCAGUUAGAUUACAAAGAGGAGCAGAUUGAGGAGCUGAAGCAGCAAGUGGACGUGCGACAGGAGAUGCUGGAGGAGGCCCAGAAAAAAUUGAUGAGCGUGCUGAACAGCACCGAGGGCAAGAUUGACAAGGUCCUAAUGCGCAACCUCCUUCAGGGUUACUUCCACACGCCCAGAAACAAGCGCAUGGACGUGCUGAAGCUUAUGGGAAGCGUGCUGGGGUUGAGCCGAGAGGAUGUGGAAAAGAUGCUGGAGGAGGACACGGCGCGCGGCGUGAGUGGCUGGGUGUCGAGCUGGCUUGUUGGCCGAGGCGCGCAGAGCGUCCCCAAUACUCCCCAGAGGCCCACCAGUGGAAAUAGAUUCAACACGUCUUUCUCCGAGAUGUUUGUCAAGUUCCUGGAGACUGAGUCAACUCCGUCGCUCCCCGCGCCCAAGCUUCCCGUCCUGGAUAUCAAGCCUCUGAGCGCCCCGCCCUCCAGGAGAACCCCGGCGAGCGGCGCGGCGGCCAGUAAGUCCAACAACCCCUUCCUGGCCCCUCGCUCUGCUGCGGUGCCCCUGCUGCCCGCCGGCGCCGCCAUUUCCGGCGGCCCGGGCGGGCACCUGCUGAUGAAGCCCAUCUCGGACGCUUUGCCCACCUUCACGCCAGUGCCCGUGUCGGCUGAGGCCAGCGGCGGCGCUGUGCUCAAGGACCUGUUGAAGCAGUGAAGUGGAAGAAAGACUAAGUUUGUCCUAUCUAGAUGAAUCGAAGUGCUUCCUUAUAAAAAUCGGAGAUGCCUGUGAGAGCAUUUGAUGCAGUUCUAAAAGCAAAAGACUGGUUCAAAUGGCUGAAAUCCCCCAAAAUAGUGGCUUGAAACCAAACUCGUCUUGUUUUCAGGUGUGUGGCUCACGGCUGCGUUUGGAAUCGUACACUCAUUCUCUAAUCACGUUAUAGUGGGGCCUAGUGGUACAGGUAACCCGGGCUACAACUUUUUCCGGAUGCAAGCCGUCGUCUGGACAAUUUUUCUGUGCCUCUUUGUCUUCAUGUCUGCUAGCUUAAUGCUAACACAUCAAGGGAAUCACCAUAGAGGAGCUAACAAAUAGCAUCUGAGUUGAGCUUUCAUCACCCUUUAAAAAUGGAUUUAUUUGAGCACAAAUGGUGGAGCAGUGCAAUUCGACAUACAGUAGUGCUCACGGGAAGAUGUUCUUUAUCACCCGCGAAGAGCGGCAAAUAUGACUGCGGCUCACUGGGGCGUUACCUCCACGUCUAUCUGUAUCUCGUCUCUGUAUCAUAUUUCCUCUUGGUGGGCACACCAGUUGGAGCAGCACAAUGUCUAGCGGAUGGAAGCAAAAAGAUGUGCUUAAAAAGUCGAAUCCUUGAAAUUGGAUGUAAUUAUUGUUUAUAUUUAUAAAAGUACAACAUUACAGAGUGCUAUUUUUUCUUAUUUACACGCACACACAUUUGGGUUUUAUUUUAAGGCUGCAAAGGAUUUCCGCUCAUUUUAGUGGGAGUUGAGAUUUUUUUUUUUUUUAAUCGAGUUAUGUGCAUGGUCACGGUAUCUCAAGGCACCACAAUUUGUUCAUUACUCAUGACGGUGUCUGGGUCGAGCACGCAAGCAAGCGGAGUUGCCAAGCAUUCUGCGGCUGCGGUAACCCACACUAACUACACAACAACGCGUCAUAAAAGGGCAGACGUAAGCAAUGAUACAAUUGCAGUUGUACAAUUUGAAAGGGUGGAAUUAUUAUUAUUAUUAUUUUUUCUUUUUUUUAUUCUUUUCAUGGACAGUGGUUAUGAAGUAGGACAUCUAAGUGCCUGUUUUUAUGGUCAUAACUUCAGGAGUGUACAUGCUUGAUAGGAAUCUUUAUAUUUACAAACUUGUUUGUACAUUUAUCUUACUGAAAAUCUGGGAGAUUUUUUUUUUUUGUAAAUUGGAAAAAACAAGAAAAUAAAAGUAUUUCUGCCCCCUG